UAUGAGUAUGGCGGACGGCAAGUCUCCCGACUACGAUCAAGAAUCGAAAUCCGGCGAUACCACUGUGAAAGUGAUAUGUCUAGGUGACUCCGCUGUUGGAAAAUCAAAGCUUGUGGAGCGAUUUCUGAUGGACAAUUAUCAACCACAACAACUUUCGACGUAUGCUCUGACGUUAUUUCGAUACCACACGAAACUAAACGAAGAUAAUGUGUGUGUAGAUUUCUGGGACACGGCCGGACAGGAACGGUUCAGUAACAUGCACCCGUCUUACUACCAUCAAGCACAUGCAUGCAUUCUGGUGUUUGAUGUCUCGCGAAAAGUCACAUACAAAAACCUUCCGAUGUGGUUAAAAGAACUGAGGGACUACAGGCCAGAAAUACCCUGCCUCUGUGCUGCAAACAAAAUAGAUGUUGAUUACAAGAUAACACAGAAAAGCUUUAAUUUUGCCAAGAAGCAAGGCAUGCCAUUUUACUUUGUCUCCGCAUCAGAUGGGACCAAUGUAGUCAAGUUAUUUAGGGAUGCUAUCAAUGCAGCCGUAAGCUACAAGAACAACUCUACAGACUACAUGGAUGAAGUAAUGCGAGAAUUAGAAACAUUUAACAGCAUGGGCCUGACAGACUCAGGUUUUGACACUCCAGACGGGGCAGAAAAUAAGAGCAUCACAGACGGACCAAGCAUCAGCUAGCCGAGAGGACAUGUUUAGGCAAUGUGCAGAUAUCUAUCAUUCAGCAUGCUGAAGCCAGCAGGAUGUACGUUUCAAUGCGUAUGAAAGCCUCCUCAUAGGUCUGUGUCAUGUAGAAGCUAGACAUUUCUCACCAAACGUAGAUUGCAGAAUUUGAGGUUAUGUUGCAAAAAGAUGUAAGCAGAUUCAUGGAUGUUUUGGUGUGUGCAAUUUUGUGCGAAGUGCAUUUGCUUUUAAAGUUACUGUAGACACCCACACCCACAGACAGUCAUUUUGCAAGUGAUGGCCGAAAAGGUGAUACGCAUGUUGUUUUAUGUAUAUUUCUAAUAAUUAUAAUAUUAUAUAUAUAUAUAUUGCUUAUUAAGAGUAGGCACUGUGUCUUUCAAUCCAACGUGCGGCAGACAUUUCUUUUUGUGAUGUUGUUUUGAACUUAACUUGUUUAAUAGUGCGAGCAGCAUUUUUUAUGUCCCUAAAAGAGCUGCAUGCUUAUUGGUAACUAUACAGUCCUUAAUGAGGGGCAAGGAUCAAGAGCUUAGAGAGGGGGCAAGGGUUAGGUUUUCUGCAUCAUUACAGAUUUGAAAGACCUAUAUUUUUGAUUGCGAAUGUAACGUCAACAAUCGUGUGGCAUUUGCAUUAAGCCCGGGUCACAACAGAUCGUACGAAAUUUUGUCGUGGUUGAUCCAUAAAAUAUUUGUCGUGGCCAGAUCUUGCAACAUGCCCGAAAUGUA